CGCUCAUCCUGCUAAAACCAAUAUAUAUUCGUAUAUAAUCCAUACGCGCGUGAACAACAAGAAUGGCGACCAUAACAUAUUUACUCCUAUUGUUUAGCGUACUUAUUGGUGCCAAGGCCGAAGUUUGCUGGUAUUGGGAUGACAUCCUAGACGAAGAAGACAGCAUCAUCUGUUACUCCGGCUGCUGCGGCGAUGAAUGUUGCGAUGAUUAUUGGUCAGACGGCAGUAUCGCUGGGGCAACCAUUGGCAGUAUAGUCGGCGCUAUUAUCCUUCUCUCUAUCUUCAUCACCAUUUUAAGGAUUUGCUGUGCUGCAUCACGACGCAGUUCAGGCGGAGUAUACGGCCGUCGUGCUCAAACUGCUACUGUAGUCACUGUGGCCAGCACGAACGCGUCGAAUAACCUGGUUGCCACUCCUUACAUGAGAUACCCUCAGUCCCAGCUGAUGACGAGUCCAGUGGCGCCCCCUGCCUACGAACAGGUCGUGCAAGAUGGAGCUCGUGGUGGGAUUGUCAACCCUAACUAUCCCCAGGGUCCUCCAAAGUACUGACGGAAUAAACAUAUCGGCUGCAUUACUAAUGUAGUUGAUUACUACUUACAUUUCUUUACAAACUCGUCCCACUGACUUGUUCAUUCGUUACUAUAUUGAAUUCUGGCCAUGCCAUCAUUCCGGGGACUCGCAUUAUGGGGUGCCUAGAGAGUAAUAUCAUUAUUAUAUUAUCCUUAAUUGUUUGGUUUCAUCAUGCGAAAUAAAUAUCAUGUAUUAUAA